AUGGUGAGGGGGGAGUGCUGUCCGCGGGAGGACCGCUCGAACUUCUGCACCAUAUUCACCAUGCUGUCGCCCACCGAACAGAACGAGGUCGUCGGCUACUUGGGUGACAACUGCCAAGGCGACGCCGAGGAGGCCAUCCGCGUCAUGGAGAAGCGCAAGCCAAACUUCAUGCGAUACGGGCGGUCACCCAACAUCGAGAUGGGCAAGAAGGGCUCCGACCCGAACUUCCUGCGAUUCGGCAAACGCUCCAAGCCUAACUAUUUGCGCUUUGGCCGCAGCGACCCGAAUUUCUUGCGAUUCGGCAAGAAGGCCGCCGGCUCCGACCCGCACUUUUUGAGGUUUGGCCGAUCGGCGGAGCCAAAUUUCUUGAGAUUCGGCCGCUCGGACAGCUUCGACCGCGAGGAGCGCAAGCCGAAUUUCCUUCGAUUCGGCCGGAAG